AAACCGCGCUGACUCAACAGCGCAACAACUUCACACGCAAACAUGGCAGAACAAUUUCUCUCCAACAAGAGCCCUGGAUUCCCGAGAAAGAAGUGCGGCGUACUCGGCGCAACCGGGUCAGUAGGACAACGCUUCAUCCUGCUGCUUACUCUCCACCCACACUUUGUCCUUCACGCAGUGGGCGCGAGCGAACGGUCCGCGGGAAAAAAAUACAGAGAUGCCGUCAAGUGGAAGCAAGCGCUACCAUUCACGCCGCAAAUUGGCGAUUUGGUGGUGAAGAAAUGUACACCAGAGGAGUUCAAGGACUGCGAUGUCGUCUUCUCUGGUCUAGAUAGCGCGACGGCUGGAGAUGUAGAAAUGGCCUUCCUAAAGGCCGAACUCGCCGUCUUCUCAAACGCCAAAAACUACCGCCGCGACCCCCUCGUCCCCCUCGUCGUCCCCACCGUCAACCUCCCCCACCUCGACGUGAUCAAGCACCAGCGCAAGCAGCACAACCUCCAAAAAGGCUUCUUGGUCUGCAACAGCAACUGCGCCGUCAUCGGCAUCGUGAUCCCCUUCGCCGCGCUGCAAUCCAAAUUUGGCCCUGUCGACCAGGUCAGCGUCGUCACCAUGCAAGCGGUCUCGGGCGCCGGCUACCCGGGCGUCAGCAGCAUGGACAUUAUAGACAACGUGGUGCCCUUCAUCUCGGGCGAAGAGGACAAGCUGGAGUCGGAGGCACAGAAGAUCCUUGGCGGUACGAACGCGGAUGUGACGGGAUUUGUGGAUCAGCCGAUGAAGAUUUCGGCGGCGUGCAAUCGCGUGGCGGUGCUUGAUGGGCAUACGGCGUGUGUGUCGCUGAGAUUUGCGAAGAGGCCUCCGCCGAGUGCGGAGGAGGUCAAGAAGGCGAUGCGUGAGUAUGUGUCGGAAGUGCAGACGCUGGGCUGUCCUUCGGCGCCGAAGAACGCGAUUGUGGUUAUGGAGGAGGCGGAUAGGCCACAGCCGCGUCUGGAUAGGGAGACGGAUAGGGGGUAUGCCGUGAGUGUGGGGAGGAUCAGGGAGGAUGAGAGUGGGAUCUUUGAUAUCAAGUUUGUUGCGCUGAGCCACAAUACGGUUAUUGGAGCAGCAGGAUCGUCGAUUCUGAAUGCUGAGGCGGCUGUGUUGAAGGGGUAUGCGUGAGCAGUCGAAUGAAGCGAUACAGCGUUCAAAAGUGCUUGCAAUAGACUUGGAUACUAAUCUAAAAAAAGCUUAACAAUUUAUGGUUUAAACUCAUCGCACCCACAUUUCCGCGUGUCCGGUGCCGGAACUGCUUUAGGAUGGGUAGCCAUAGUCUAGAUAUUAAAUCUCUUCUUCCGCCGUUAGGCCUCUAAACCUUAAGACAUAUGAGCGUAAAACAAUAUCUAAUUAGAUGGGACGGGCAACUACGUGUAGGAGCGAAACUUGCCUUAAAUAUAGACGUUCUGAUUCGUGGAU